CGUUUUUUCAAACUCGCACAAUCCUCACUGAUCAUCACUUUCACUUUACUCUUUGAUUUGUCGUUUUUCUCUUUGUUAGCUUCUUCCUGCUCGGUGUCUAUCAAGAUGGGAAAGUUCUGGACCCUCAUCACCCAGCUUCAUUCUCUUUCCGGGCCUGUGCUCACGUUAUUGUACCCCUUGUAUGCAUCGGUGAUGGCCAUAGAGAGCGCGUCGAAGCUGGAUGACGAGCAAUGGCUUGCUUAUUGGAUCCUAUACUCCUUCCUCACCCUUGCUGAAAUGGUUCUGCAACCAGUUCUAGAAUGGAUGCCAUUUUGGUACGAUGUGAAGCUGCUGUUGGUGGCAUGGCUGGUUCUGCCACAGUUCAAAGGAGCUGCAUUCUUGUAUGAAAGGUUUGUGAGAAAACAUAUCAGGAAGUAUGUGACUGAGAGAGCGCAUCACCACAGUAGGUCACCUAAUGGUGGCAAGGCCUAGAAGUUCGUGAAGUUUAUCACCCCCAAGAAAGGAGAUCAGGAGGCCUAUUGAAGGAGCCAUGCAUGCAUGCAUAGCGAUCCUCAGUCACUUCGCUCCUUCGGCUUCGCCUUUGCUUGGUUUUAACUUUUAUUAUACUGUUAAAUAUGACUUCUUGUUGACUUUGUUAACCUUCUUGUAUCAUGUAAUGCAAUGUAAUUUCCAACACGCCCAUGAAUUCUAUCAUUUGCUUGUUUCAUAGCUCAUGUACGUCCAUAUACCUCCCGGGAAGAUGGACUCUGUUCAGACGUUUCCAAUAAUCCAACCUUAUAUUAAUUA